AUGCUGAUGGACAAAGCACAUGCUGCAUUCAAAAGAGAAAACAAGAAAAAGCCAUUUACACUUGAGUAUGUCUGGAAGAUUCUGAGAAAGGAACCCAAAUGGUUCAGAAGUAUACCUAGUAUGGAUUGUUCAGAAAAGAAUAAAAGGACAAAAGUAGAUGAAUCUGGAGCAUACACUUCAUCUUCCAACCAAGACACAGACGAGGGGGAGAAAUUCAAAGAAGUGCGGCCUGAGGGGCAGAAGAAAGCAAAAGCUAGGAUGAGAGGGAAGGGGAAAGGAAAGGCCAUACCACAAUCUCCCCUAGGCUUGCAGCCAGAUGAAGACAUGGUUUUGUUUCAUGAUGCUAUGUUGAAGAGAGCUAGUGCACUGGAGAAAACAGCAGAAGCAUCAAAGGAGCAGGUUAGAAUGGAGAAGAUAAAAAACUACAUGCAACAGUUUGAUAAGGAUACUUCGAACAUGAGUCCAGCAAUACUGAAGCUGCACGAACAACUCUUACAGAAUCUAGCCAAGGAACUAUUUCCAUCUCCAGAAAACUAA